AUGACUUCGGAGCCGCAGCUUUCUAGACGAAGGAUUCAAGUCAUCGGGGUGACGGGAGCAGGGAAGCUUUCCAUACCGGUAUGCGAACUGGACCCUCUCUUCCACAAGUCCAGAGCUGGUGGCACCCUAUCAGAAGACGACGCCCGACGUAGCAUCCAGUUCUUCGUCGAGUCGAACGACGAGUGGAUUCUUGAUGGCAAGUAUGUUUCUUGCGGUCGACCUGAGGAAUUGGUACUUAAUUAA